CGAGGUUUUUUUUUCUUUCUUUCUUUCUUUCUUUUUUUUUUUUUUUCUUGGAGCGUCCUUCUUAUGAAUUACACACAAAGCAGGAGGCGUCUCUUUACAUUUAGUUGUAUCAUCUGUGUUGAGAGGACGAUGCCUUUGAGGACCGGACUUUUUCUCCUGAUGGUGCUGAAUGCAUCUGCAUAUGAACUGGAUCAGAACGAGUCCUAUUCGCCCAGGAGAGCACGCUUUUCUGCCAAUAGCCCUUCAGAUGUGGCACGCUGUCUCAACAGUGCCCUCCAAGUUGGCUGCGGAGCCUUCGCCUGCCUGGAGAACUCAACUUGUGACACAGAUGGCAUGCAUGACAUCUGCAAGUCCUUCCUAUACAGUGCUGCUAAAUUUGACACUCAGGGUAAAGCAUUCGUGAAGGAGAGCCUUAAGUGCAUUGCCAAUGGCAUCACCUCCAAGGCAUUCCCCACCAUCCGCCGCUGCUCCACCUUCCAAAGAAUGAUAUCUGAAGUCCAGGAGGAGUGUUACAGCAAGCUGGACAUCUGCACUGUGGCCCGAUCUAAUCCAGAUGCUAUUGGUGAAGUGGCACAGCUACCAAGUCACUUCCCCAAUAGGUUUUAUGGUAAGCUGCUACAGAGCCUGAUGGACUGUGAUGAGGACACAGUGGAUCGCGUUCGGACCAGCAUGGUGUCACGGCUGGGCCCAGAGAUGACCAUGCUUAUUCAGCUGCUGCAGAACAAGCCCUGCCCAUCCACUGCUGUGGCUGCAGCUGCUGCCAUCCCAACUGGAGUGGAGGGCCGUGGGAGCUGGCGCUGGUCCAUGGGUCCCCAUAUGUACAAGAUCCAGCCUAAUCUGCGAAACAGAGACUCUGCCAGUCAUUUUGGCAAAAAGCGCUCUGCUAGUGACAGCUCCUAACUUCCACUCAGAUUCAGAAAAACAAAACAAAACAAAAAAAACUCCACACACUCCUCAAAACAUCAUGAAAGCUCCUCUAUUCCCUAGGGGUGAUAGAAACCCAUUCCUCCGCUAGACUGGAAGUUACAGAAAUGUGCACCUCUAGGGAAUGUCGGACCGCCCAUAGAGUUGAUAUCAGUUUGAUUGUUGUUAUAUUGUAUAUCCUACACUUUAGGCUUGAGAGAACCCCUCUUCCAUCAACUGUUUUAAACGUGUCCACUCACAGUUAGUGUCGAACAUGUGGCUGUUGCAUUCGUGCAGCACGGUCCUGUUCACUCCUCUUCACAUCCUCCAACAGAGAUGGAUCCUUAAGAAGUCUUUUGAUGCCAAGCAAAAAAAAAAAAAAAAAAAAAAAAAAAAAAAAAAAAAAAAAAAGAACAGCCAUAGUGGUUCAUGCCUCUAGAGCACAAGCCAGUACUUUAAAAAAACACAAUUUCAUAAUUCUGACAUUUGUUCAUUAAUAGAAAUCACUAGUUGGAUUAGUAUUGGUUCAUUUUUAGGAAUGAGAAAUUAUUGGUCAAUGUAUCAAAUAUUUCAGCAGUGAAACCAGUCAAAUUGUGAGCAUGAGAUGUGGAAAUGAGUUUCAUAGCAAUCUUCUGAACCUAGCAUAACACUUAAAUGUACUGUAUACUAAGUUAUCAGAGACAGCCAUAGCUAGCCCUCUAAAAGAGAGUGCUCACACGGAGUGAGGUCUGUAGAGGUUUCAUGACAACCUUUGAGAGGUUACCUUAAACUGACCAAAAAACUUCAAACUGCCCUGAAUGCUAUUCAUGAAAUACCAAAAUUCUGUAAAGCUAUAGCACUUAUAAUUUUUUUUUUCUGAUGGCAGAUGUAGCCAUGGUCAUGUGUUUCAAAUCAUUAUCCUGCACAUAAGGAUUGUCCAGGUCAUGGCCAAGUCUAUCAGAAAAAGUCCUUUUUUUUUUUUUUUUGCAUAUCUUGUAUCCAGACACUUGCAAUGCAUAAGACUGUUGAGCUCUACAGUAUAUGUGGGACCAUGUUUAGUGGGAUCUGUAUCCAUGUUCUUAACUGAGUGUGAAGCAGUCGUGUAUGUGCAGCAGCUGAUUAGCACGUUCACCGAUGAGACUGAGAGCAGCCAUCUUCUUGGACUGAUGAUCAUCAUUCUCUGAGGUGAAUCAUGUGACAUACACACUGGCUUCCAGUGUCAAGAUGGAGAAUGACUAUUUAAAAACAACAAAAAAAAGCCUUGUUGGAAUGAUAUUUAUUUUCCUACUUUAUUAUUUAAUUUUUUUUUUUAUUUUAAUGCAUUAUUGUAGUUUUAAUUAGUUUACAGAUUUAAAAAAGAAAAAAAAAGAAAAAAGAAAUAGCAGUUCAGUCAUGGCUCCUAUUUGAACAUGAGCUCUAUGCCAAAAAAAAAAAAGAAAAAAGAAAAAAAAAAGUGAGCUGACACUCUGGUGACUGAAUGGGACCCAUGUCAUGACUCUGUGCUGGCCAUAGGGGAACAAGGUUGGUCAUUCAGGUCAGGUGAUCUACUUUAUGGGUGUUACAAGGGACCACAACAAAAUGUUAGCUUGGUUUUGACACGCUUUCUGGUUUAAAAAAGAAAAGAAAAGAAAAGGAUUGUCAUUGCAGCUGCUAGAUGUUCAGUGCUGGAGGUUUGUGCACAUUAUGGAGGACUGACCAGGUAUAACGACAGGAAAGCAAACACCAGCAUCAAGUGCCACUUUAGGGACGUUUUUUGAUGGUUGCAGCAAGAAUGCAAAAGAAUAAUGUGAUAUCUAAUCUAUCGUAAAUACAUUCUAAAUAUCUGAUUGACGUUGGACCACGUCACUCAGAGUUAGAAACUGAAUAAAAAUAUGUUUGAUGUUUUAUGAUAAGACUACAUUGGCAUUAAGCUUCAAACAAGCAGCAGGUAGAUGUGUGUAAAGAAACUGAAAUAUAGCUGUUACAGAAACGUGAUGCAACUUUGCUGUUUUGGUUGCUUUGUUCUUUAUUGUUCAGUUAGAUGGAUCCAUUUAAAGCAGCUUUAGGCUGUUAUAGUUUGUAAGUAUGAGGAGAUGUCGCAAUGAAAAGGCCCAGUAGACUUUAUCCUUUCUGCAAUUUUCUUUCCAAAGCUCGUUUCAUGGCCUUCAGGGAUCAAGACAAUCAUUCAGAAUCGGUAGAUUAGUACAGAGUCAUAGUCACUGAGAACAGUCUUCAUGCUGGUGUUUGCUUUCAGCCGUACCUAGUUGAUAGACAGUGGUUUGGCACCAUGAACUUCAAUGGGAUAAUCAAUGGCUUAAGUUAGUAAAUUAAGUAAGUUUAGAAUAAAUUGCAUAUAUUUGUGCACAUUAAAAAAACAGUAUGGGGGUUAACUUUGCACCAGGACUGGGUUCAGUUCACUAUUAUAAUAAUGAAAUUAUCCAAUUCAACUAAGUCCAAUUCUUGAAAAUCCAAAUCUUGCAAAUUGGUCACCCUAAAAUUGUUUUAUUACAAAAACUAUAAGAAAUAAUUGUCAGAUUUUUUCACCUUACCUGCAAGAAAGGAGCUGAACCCAGCCCUGUUUGUGACAAAUGGUGAAUUUAUAUAUUGUCCUGGAUUUCUAAGAGCGAAGCGCAGACCAGAAAAUGAGAAGUUUUAUUUUUCAGUGUCAGUUUAAUAGCUAUGUUAAGAAUUCCAAACUAUGCAAUAAUCACACACAAAGGAUUCACAGCAACACAGAAAUUGACCUUUAUUUCAUUCAGUGCCAGCUGAUGCUGUGUGAAUAAAGCAGCAGCAUGUGUGCUCUCAUACUGCACUCCCAGUGUGAAGGCAUUGCUCCUCUAUGAUGCUUUCUGUUUCUGUGUUUUUUUGUAAACCGGCGUUCCUUUUGUUCUGUGAAUGCGAUCAUUUCUUUUGUGUCAUGUGGUGCGAAAGGACAGCUGUUCUGAAGGAAUCACUUGGGAAGUUAAGAGCUAUAGUCACACUGUAGUAUAUCCUAGCUUAUAUUUUAUGUUAAAUAUGCACUUUGCAUCUUAACCACUAUAAAGGGCAUUGAAACAUUCAGUACAUGUGCAACUGAGGCAUAUUUUAUUUACCCAGUGAAUGGAGAUAAGUUUGAAUACUUUGCAUCCUGAAGGGUCAGGGCUUCUUCAUGUACUAUUGAUACAUAUGUCUGUAUCUUUGUUGUCCAUGGGUAAAUCCAAAACCCAACAGCUGCUGCUAAACUGUUACUACCCUGUAUGAUGCUGUCCGGAUGCCCCUCUACUGUGGCCGCUCUGACCCGUCAACACACAGUGAGCUCAGCAUCAGUCCACACUUGCAUUUUAAUGUCUAUCCAUGUCUUCAUAUUUAUUUUCUAUGAACAUUCCUCGUGUCAAAUAUAUUUGGCAAGGGCAAAUUGACUGUUUCCUCACCAAGUAAAAAUGUAACGGUAAUUUUGGAGAAUGUACCUGUAUACUGAAUGUCUCUUUCGACAUGCCCAAGUUAGGUGACCAAUGAAGGCGAUUAGGUAAAAAAAAAAAGAAAAACAAAGUAAGAAAAGUAUUUGAUUUCUUUCUGUUUUAGAUUUUAAUUCAACUUUAGGGUGCUUAAGGUGGUACUGGAGUAUUGUUAAAUUGACCCAUGGUGAGUUUUGUGAAACUGUUCCUGUCAAUACUAGAGACUAAAAUCUCCCUCACUUCUGGCACUUCAUGGUACUCUUUCCUCUCAAGACUUGAAAUAGAUUGAUAAAUGUUGUCGUGCUUAAACAAAAUCAAAAAGCUUCAGUGACUAGUAAAGUUUAUUUUGUAUUCAUAUAUAAGUGACAGUUAUUUUACUAUCAGAUUCAAAAAGUUAUUGCAGAUAUUAGGAGAUUACUGAAGUUCCUGAUACCGAUGCUAUGUAACGCAUGAUUGACCCUUGUGAAUCACUUGCACUUUAAAAUAUACCCAUAUACAUAUAUGCCCAUACUGUGUAUAUGUUUGGGUUUCUCCUCUGUACUGAAAAGUCAUGAAAGAUACAAAUGCAUCAAUUGUGUGUCUUUUGCUGAUCAGAAAUAAAAUAUUUAUCAUAUCUGGCAUAUGGUAUGAAAUA